AUGAAUUCAGAUGUUUAUUUGGCCUCAACACUGUCUUCACUUAAAUUCAUUUCUUCUUCGCAACUGGCCAAAACGUCUACAAACUCUACCGUUUUGAGAAAAUACAUAAAUGAAUUUAAGAAAAAAUUGUUUGAAAGGUUGGAUUCCAACGAACUGUCAGAUACUUUCUUGAAAAAUGCAGCAGAAUGUCUAUACGAUCUCAAGGCGUGCGACAAGAAAACAAGUUACCAUUUAUCCAGGGCUUUUGAAUCCAGAGCCGGAGUAAUUACGAAUCAGCUGAAGGGAGGAGUCUUAUGGGCAUUCUACAGGGAUCCACUGCUAAACAGAGCAAGGAAGAAAGUGAUAAACGCAUCAUGCAGAGUCGCAAUAAAACAAGCAACUAAAGAGUUUUUGGAUCUGAAGGAAAAUGUGACAAAUAUAACGAGAUUUGAAGGUAUCCUGAGGAAUCUGAAGGUAGUUGGAAACUGUUACAAGCUGCCAGUAUCUGCAAAAGCGAGGUUGGAGCAAUCAAUACUGGAAAGCAGCGAAGUACUAAAGCUGAGUUUUGAAUGUAUGCCACUACUGAGUAUGAUGUGUGAAGCACUCUGCUCACUGCAAAUAGAUAACGAGAAAAUAGGAGCUGUGAUUGUGGAAAUACUAACAGAAAAUAUGCAAAAGGAGAUGAUGUCACUGGAUGAAAUAAGUUCGAUAGCACAAGUACUGUACAAGUGGAAAGUAGAAAGAGGAAGCGGCACCGUGCAAUGUAUCGAGCUAUUGAAGGACAAGGUAGAAGGAGGCAAGUACGACUUAACCAGGAACACAUCGAACACAGUAAAACUGUUCACAGAAAUAGUUAGACUGCCGAAGAGUAGAAUAUGUAGCGAAUUUGGCGAGCUGAUACUGCGAAAGUCUGAGAAUCGUAUAGAAGAGUGCUGCAGUAAUCGAGACCUGCUGUUAUUUUUUAACUCUAUUGCAGAUUUUAAGAAAUCGUACCCAGACGUAAAUGUAGGCGUCAUGGACAAUAUUGUAUCCAACGUGGAAACAUUCCUGCUAUUCGGGAACACAGAUGUAAAAAGAGAAGAUGUGGACACUGUCAAGGAGUCGUGCAAAAUACUCAAAGACCACGUAAACGUAAACAGACUGCUGGAAAUGGCAACAAAUAUGCUAGAAAAUUAA